AUGCCUUCUUCUUCUUCAUCAUCAUCAUCAUCACCUUCAAUUCAUGUUGUUUCCAAAUUCACAGUUUAUCCAGAAUCCAAAUCCAACUUAAAGUCUUUAAAGCUCUCUGUUUCUGAUCUUCCCAUGCUUUCCUGUCAGUAUAUCCAGAAAGGUGUUCUGCUUUCCCAGCCUCCCUUUGAAUCCGCCGCUCUCAUUUAUCUCCUCAAGAAUUCCCUCUCCAAAACUCUCUCCCACUUCCCUGCCCUCGCCGGCCGGCUCCAAACUGAUUCCGAUGGCCACGUCCACAUCCUCUGUAACGAUGCCGGCGUUCUGUUCGUUCAUGCAAAAUCCGAUAUCGUCACUGCGCAUUCCGAUGAUCAAGGUGCUGAUGAUGAUAUCCCAGCCUACUUCCGGAAAUUCUUUCAGUUCGACAACACCCUUAGUUAUGCUGGCCAUUCUAAGCCUAUUGUGGCGGUACAGGUGACGGAGCUCCGCGACGGAGUUUUCAUCGGAUGCACCGUCAACCACGCGGUGGUGGAUGGCACAUCUUUCUGGAACUUCUUUAAUACAUUUGCUGAAGUUUGUAAAUUGAAAGGGCCUAAGAAGAUCUCCAAGUCCCCUGACUUUUCCCGCGAUACAGUCUUCAAUUCUCCGGCGGUUCUUCAAUUUCCAGCCGGAGGUCCGUCGGCGACUUUUUCAGGCGAUGAGCCGCUGCGUGAGAAGAUCUUCCAUUUCAGCCGGGAAUCCAUUUUGAAGCUCAAGCUAAGGGCCAACGAUAAGCAGCCAGAGAUUAGCGGGAAAAUACGUAACGACAAUUGGGCGGCGGCCAACGGGAAACCCAACGGAAAGAUAGCGCCGGUGACCGAAUUCCGGUCGGAGAAGAAACCGACGGACGAGAUCUCAUCGUUUCAAUCGCUCAGCGCGCAGCUGUGGAGAUCAGUGACGCGCGCCAGGAACUUGGAACAGAACAAAACGACGACGUUCAGGAUGGCGGUGAACUGCAGGCACCGGGUCGACCCGAGGCUCCACCCGCUAUACUUCGGGAACGCGAUACAAAGCAUUCCGACCGUCGCUUCUGCCGGAGAGCUGCUGUCGAACGAUCUGAGGUGGGGCGCAUAUCGGCUACACCGGAAUGUGGUGGCCCACGAUGACGCCACGGUUCGCCGGGGAAUCAAGGAUUGGGAGAGUAACCCGAGGCUGUUCCCGUUGGGAAACUUUGACGGAGCGAUGAUCACUAUGGGAAGCUCUCCGAGGUUUCCGAUGUACGACAAUGAUUUCGGGUGGGGCCGACCGGUUGCGGUGAGGAGUGGCCGGGCCAAUAAAUUCGACGGCAAGAUUUCUGCAUUUCCGGGGAGUGAAGGAAAUGGGAGCGUCGAUCUUGAAGUUGUCUUAGCACCGGAGACGAUGGCUGCCCUGGAAAAGGAUAUGGAAUUCAUGCAGUAUGUUUCAUCAUGA